GGAGAGUCGGAAGGUGGGUCUUGGCGCUGGUACGUCCUCCAGGUUUCGUUGAGUGCAGUCGGGCUCUGUUACGGCUGCGAUGAGUUUCCCGCUGAGACCUGAGCUUGCCAUAGAUAAGUCCAAAAGGAAAAAGCGUCGAGAAUUAACAGAAGAACAGAAGCAGGAGAUUAAAGAAGCUUUUGACUUAUUUGAUACUGAUAAAGAUGAGGCGAUAGAUUAUCAUGAAUUAAAGGUUGCAAUGAGAGCCCUGGGAUUUGAUGUGAAGAAGGCUGAUGUGCUGAAGAUCCUGAGAGAUUAUGAUCGGAAUGGCACAGGCAAAAUUUCUUUUGAGGACUUCAAUGAAGUUGUGACUGACUGGAUUUUGGAUAGAGAUCCACGGGAAGAGAUGCUGAAAGCAUUCAAACUAUUCGAUGAUGACGACUCUGGAAAAAUCAAUCUUCGAAAUUUACGUCGUGUUGCAAGGGAGCUUGGUGAAAACAUGAGUGAUGAAGAGCUGCGUGCAAUGAUUGAUGAAUUUGAUAAGGAUGGAGAUGGAGAAAUUAACCAGGAAGAAUUCAUUGCUAUUAUGACUGGAGACAUCUGACCUUUAUGAAGGAAAGCUACAGAAAUAUUGAAGAAUUGAUAGAUGGCUUUUUAGUUGCCUCUGCUCAAAUGCUGCAUGUGAGGAAAAAGAAUCAAAGAACACCUUGGGAUUUCUACUGUAUCCUCUAAAACCAAUCAAAUGUACUUAAUAUUCUUUCUGAAAGAAAGAGUUUAGAACUUGUCAUUAUUCUCCGAUUAUUUGAUCACCGGUUUUGUAUUUUAUUGUGUUUCAAAACUGUAUAAAAUAAUAAGUAAUGACUUUAUUUUUGCCAUUUACUUAACAUAGGUUUUAUACUUUGG